UAUCAAGAAUAAGAAUUUGAUCCUCUCCACUUUUUCUUUUUAACAUAAGGUCAAAAAUAACAUGAGCCAGCGGUGGAUUCUAUCUCAAGCCAAGUAUCACCAUUGAUCUUUGUACAAAUGACAAGAAUAAGAAGCACCUUUACAUUCUUUCCCAAUGUUCUUCACGUAACUUUAAUGAAAAGAUUAAUGAAUGAAAUUGAGUUUUCUGAUAACGAUAUAAUCAUUUUACUCAAGUUUACACUUCCCAAUUUUCUUUUCUUUUUCAUUAAUUUCGGUUCUUGAGAGGUUUCUGCAGACAGUAAGCAAUGUCAUCAACAGUGAGGGAUAGUGCUAGAGCAAUGAGAGAAGCUUCUUGCAAUGGAAUUGUUCGUCGAAUGGUGAGUCUGCCUAGGAGUAUAGUAGGAGGAUUUUCAAGAGUAAUGGGUCAUGGUAUAGGUAGAAUAGGAAUAGGAAUAGGAUCAGGAAGAAGAGAUCAAAAUUUACCAUUAAACUUCACAGUGCAACCCCCACAAGUUCAUCAUCCCCUAAUUGCGCCAGAAGAAUGGACCUUCUUAGCCAAUUUUCAGCAGCAAUAUGGUUCUACACAUCCUUUCUUUUAUGCUUGCAAUUUCAUGCAGGCGUUAAAGAUAGCAGAGGAUGAAAACAAGUUUAUGUUUAUGUAUCUCCAUUCACCUCAACACCCUUUUACUCAGUCUUUCUGUAGAGAGACUCUAUGUUCGGAAUUUGUAGUACAGUUCCUUGAUGCGAACUUCGUUUGCUGGGGAGCACUUGCAGAUAGAGGAGAGGGUGUGCAAAUGGCUGCAGCAUUGCGACCUGCGAGCUUUCCUUGCUGCGCAGUUGUCGCUCCAGCUUCUGGUAAUAGCAUAGCGGUACUACAGCAGUUGGAAGGGCCAGUUUCUCCAGCAGAGCUGGUGGAGAUUCUGCUGAGGACAGUAGAGGAGCAAGGAUUGGCAUUUGGCAAGAAUGCAAGAGCAAAGCAGCAGGAGCAGAAGAUGAGAGCAAGAGCGAAGGAAGAAGAGAAGAUAAGAGCAGAUCGUCGACUAAGAGAAGAACAGGAUGCAGCUUACCUUGCAGCUCUAAAGAUUGAUAAGGAGAAGGAGAAAUCUAAGAAAGUACCUUCAAAUAAAGCAAAUUAUGAGAAGCCUACGAACAAUUCAGCACAGAAGCAAUACGGUAACGCCAGAGAAGCUUCCAUAGUUAGAGAAACUGAGUUUAAAGAAACAGCUGGUCGGUCAAAGGAUCCUCAGGCAACACAGAUUUUGAUACGGUUUCCAAAUGGUGAAAGAAGAGAGCAGAGUUUCUUCAGCUCAAAUACGGUCCAAUCAAUCUACAAAUUUAUUGAUUCGUUAGGCCUACCUGGCAUUGUUAACUACAGAUUGAUAUCAAGCUUUCCCAGAAGAGUCUAUGGUGUUGAUCAAAUGGGAUUGACCCUUAAGGAUGCUGGACUCCACCCUAAAGCAACCCUUUUCCUAGAGCUUCCGUGAUACAAGCUCUUGCGUGAAUGCUAAUUACUAAUGUCUUUCCUUUUUAUACAUAAAUGAUUUUCAUUAAGGAAAAUCAUAUAAGGAAAAAACUGCACAAGAUGCAUUUAAUAACUUCGUCUAUUAUGGUAUCUAUGACUUAUUUCCCUCA